AUGGUUCAGAUCAAGAUCCCAAUGCUCACAACUUUGAGCCUGCUGAGCGCCAGUAUUGGUUGUUCAGCCACAACAAUCACCAACAGCCUUCUGUUAUCUUCUAUUGCAGACCAACUAUCACUGCCUGCCUCAACAUGGUCCGCCAACGGCACACACACGGCAAAGGGUUUCACCACCAAGUCCGCAGACACUGCUUCCGCAGAGGGCCUCAAGGAAGAUUGCGAUAAUAUCAACUUGAACAAGAAGCUGGCCGUGGAUUUCCGCAGUGAUGUGCUCGGUUCUGGUGUUACUGGAUUCUUCUACAAGUGUGAGAAGGUCAGCCCCGAUACCAACAAGUACUGGUUUACUAUCAGCGCUGGGGACAAGGCCCAGAUCGACCAGCUGUGUGAUCCUGAUACUACCUACCCGAUUGUAUUCGAUCAGCAGCACAAUACCUGGUUCAUCGAUGAGCCGUUUGAUUGUACACGACGAACCAAUCCCACGGAUUUCUUCUAA